GUCGUCGCCGCCAUUUUCCCAGAGCGAGAAGCAGUGACACUGAGCGGGCGCAGGGGGCCGAGUCGGAGACCGAGCUUGAGUCUGGGAGCGGCCACUGAGGGGGCACAGACACUCCGAUCAGCCUCGCCGUCGCCUCCGCUUUCCCGUGGACCGUCUGGGAGAACCCUCCCCGACCCCGGCUCCGGGCGAAGAGGCUGCGCGCUGCUGUUUGGGGAGGGAGUGUGUGGAACCGGUCCCGCGUCUGCAGUGGCUGCUGUCGGGGGGGUCGCCGGGUCGCCGAGGUGCCGAGACACUCCUGGGGGGCCGAGCAGAUAACGGGGUCCGGGCGUCUGGUGUGUGCACACCCCAGGGUUUGUGGAUGCACUUAGAUGUUUGCAAUGAGCACUGUGGCUGGCAUGCCCCAGUGUUUUGGAUACCAAUGCAUAGGACUCCAUAGUAAUCGAAUUUACCAGAGGCGAACGUCAUGAGCAUAGUGAUCCCAUUGGGGGUUGAUACAGCAGAAGCAUCAUACUUGGAAAUGGCUGCAGGCUCAGAACCAGAAUCCGUAGAAGCUAGCCCUGUGGUAGUUGAGAAAUCCAACAGUUAUCCCCACCCGUUAUAUACCAGCAGCUCCCAUCAUUCACACAGUUACAUUGGUUUGCCCUAUGCGGACCAUAAUUAUGGUGCUCGUCCUCCUCCAACACCUCCAGCUUCCCCUCCUCCAUCAGUUCUUAUUAGCAAAAAUGAAGUAGGCAUAUUUACCACUCCUAAUUUUGAUGAAACUUCCAGUGCUACUACAAUCAGCACAUCUGAGGAUGGAAGUUAUGGUACUGAUGUAACCAGGUGCAUAUGUGGUUUUACACAUGAUGAUGGAUACAUGAUCUGUUGUGACAAAUGCAGUGUUUGGCAACAUAUUGACUGCAUGGGGAUCGACAGGCAGCAUAUUCCUGAUACAUAUCUAUGUGAACGUUGUCAGCCUAGGAGUCUGGAUAAAGAGAGGGCAGUGCUACUACAACGCCGGAAAAGGGAAAAUAUGUCAGAUGGUGACACCAGUGCAACAGAGAGUGGUGAUGAAGUCCCUGUGGAGCUGUACACUGCAUUCCAGCACACACAAACCUCAGUUGCUUUAACUGCGUCCAGAGCUUCCACAGGCAGUGAUAAACGAAGGAAAAAGAGUGGGGAGAAGGAGCAAAACAUCUCAAAAUGUAAAAAGGCCUUUCGUGAAGGAUCUAGAAAGUCAUCAAGAGUUAAGGGUUCAGCUCCAGAAAUUGAUCCUUCAUCUGAUGGUUCAAAUUUUGGAUGGGAGACAAAAAUCAAAGCAUGGAUGGAUCGCUAUGAAGAGGCAAAUAAUAACCAGUAUAGUGAGGGUAUUCAGAGGGAGGCACAAAGAAUAGCUCUGAGAUUAGGCAAUGGAACUGACAAAAAAGACAUGAAUAAAGCAGAAAUGAACAUCAAUAAUUUACUCUUCAAACCUCCUGUAGAGAGCCAUAUUCAAAAGAAUAAGAAAAUUUUGAAAUCUGCCAAAGAUUUGCCUCCAGAUGCACUUAUCAUUGAAUACAGAGGGAAGUUUAUGCUAAGAGAACAGUUUGAAGCAAAUGGAUAUUUCUUUAAAAGACCAUAUCCUUUUGUUUUAUUCUAUUCUAAAUUUCAUGGGCUAGAAAUGUGUGUUGAUGCCAGGACUUUUGGGAAUGAGGCUCGAUUCAUCAGGCGCUCUUGUACACCCAAUGCAGAGGUGAGGCACGAAAUUGAAGAAGGAACCAUACAUCUUUAUAUUUAUUCUAUCCAGAGUAUUCCAAAGGGUACUGAAAUUACUAUUGCCUUUGAUUUUGACUAUGGAAACUGUAAGUACAAGGUGGAUUGUGCAUGCCUCAAGGAAAAUCCAGAGUGUCCUGUUCUGAAACGUAGUUCUGAAUCCACGGAAAACAUCAAUAGUGGUUAUGAGACUAGAAGGAAAAAGGGAAGAAAAGACAAAGAUAUUUCAAAGGAAAAAGAUACACAAAAUCAGAAUAUGACUUUGGAUUCUGAAGGAACAACCAACAAAAUAAAGAGCUCAGAAACAAAACAAAGAAAGCUUUCUCCACUGAGAUUAUCAGUAUCAAAUAAUCAGGAACCAGAUUUUAUUGAUGACAUAGAAGAAAAAACUCCUAUUAGCAAUGAAGUAGAAAUGGAAUCAGAGGAGCAGAUUGCAGAAAGAAAAAGGAAGAUGACAAGAGAAGAAAGGAAAAUGGAAGCAAUUUUGCAAGCUUUUGCCAGACUUGAAAAAAGAGAGAAGAGAAGAGAACAAGCGUUAGAAAGGAUCAGCACAGCCAAGACGGAAAUCAAAGCUGAGUGUAAAGAUGCACCGAUUGCCAGCGAUGCUGAGGUCAAUCAGGAACAAGCAAAAGAAGAAACUGCUAACAAGCCAACCCCUGCCAAAGUCAAUAGAACCAAACAGAGAAAAAGCUUUUCUCGUAGUAGGACUCACAUUGGACAGCAGCGCCGGAGACACAGAACGGUCAGCAUGUGCUCCGAUAUCCAGCCGUCUUCUCCCGACAUUGAGGUCACAUCACAACAAAAUGAUGUUGAAAAUACUGUGCUGGUAAUAGAACCAGAGACUGAAACCGCAGUAGCAGAAAUAAUCACUGAAACUGAAGUUCCAGCACUUAAUAAAUGUCCUACGAAGUACCCCAAAACAAAGAAGCACCUGGUCAGUGAAUGGUUAAGUGAAAAGAAUGAGAAGACAGGGAAACCUUCAGACAGCCUUUCGGAAAGGCCUCUGCGCAUAACUACAGAUCCUGAAGUGUUAGCCACACAGCUCAACUCCCUACCGGGCCUCACGUACAGCCCCCACGUAUACUCCACUCCCAAGCAUUACAUUAGGUUUACUUCGCCCUUCCUCUCAGAAAAAAGGAGAAGGAAAGAACCUACUGACAACGCUUCUGGCUCAUGUAAAAAGCGAUGGUUGAAACAGGCUCUGGAAGAAGAAAAUUCAGCAAUUUUGCAUAGAUUCAACUCACCCUGUCAAGAAAGAUCCAGAAGUCCUAUAAUCAAUGGUGAAAAUAAAAGCCCACUACUAUUAAAUGAUGGCUGUUCCCUUCCAGAUUUAACAACACCACUAAAAAAAAGAAGACUGUAUCAAUUGCUAGAUUCUGUUUACUCAGAAACCUCCACACCUACUCCUUCACCGUAUGCCACACCAACCCAUGCAGACAUUACUCCUACGGACCCAUCAUUUGCCACUCCUCCACGGGUAAAGUCAGACGAUGAAACCUGUAGAAACGGUUACAAACCCAUAUAUUCACCAGUCACCCCCGUAACCCCAGGCACACCAGGAAACACCAUGCACUUUGAGAAUAUUUCUUCCCCAGAAAGUUCUCCAGAAAUAAAGAGACGCACUUACAGUCAAGAGGGAUAUGACAGAUCUUCAACCCUGUUAACAUUGGGGCCUUUCAGAAAUUCCAGCUUAACAGAGCUGGGCCUGCAAGAAAUAAAGACUGUUGGUUACGCCAGCCCGCGGGGCAGGGCCGAGGCCGUGCGGCCGGGCCUCGGCGAGAAGGAGCCCGCGUCGGAUCUCCACCUGGGGCUGGACUCAGGCGAGCCAGCUGCCGCCUUGCUGAAAACCAUGGAGGCGCCUGUUCUCGACAGGCCCGAGCCCUCCGGCCCCCUGGACUCCACCCAGCCAGGACGGGGCGCACUGUACUCGUCCUGGGUGAAGAGUCCCGACCGGAGCGGCGUGAGCUUCUCCCUGAAUUCCAACCUCAGGGACCUGACGCCCUCGCACCAGCUGGAGGUCGGUGGCGGCUUCCGAGUAAGUGAGCCCAAGUGCCUGACGCAGGAGGACGCGAGAGCCGCAUUCAUGGACACAGCUGUGUUCUGUUCCUCUGAAGACGGGCUCGGCUCUGGCUUUGGACGGACCGCGCACGACAAUUUGAUCGAUGGGAACUGCACACCUCAGAAUCCACCACAGAAGAAAAAGGUCUCCCUCCUAGAGUACCGGAAGAGGCAGCGGGAAGCUCGGAAGAGCGGCUCCAAGAGUGACAGCUUCCCGCUCCUCAGCACGCUGCCGGGCGCCACCGGGAGCCUGGGCAGUGAGGGCUGCACACAGGGCAGUGGAGGCGGGGAGCAGGUGGAACCCAGUGCCGGCCCCCCUCUAUCCGCUCCCGCAGCAGCGUCCAACGCUGCUGAAGAGGCUGGCAACGACUGUCCCGCCAAGGAUGCUGCUGCCGGUGACAAGAGCGAACCAGAAGUGCAGUGGACGGCCUCCACCUCAGUGGAACAAGUGAGAGAGAGGAGCUACCAGAGAGCUUUGCUGCUCAGCGACCACAGGAAGGACAAAGACAGUGGGGCAGAAUCACCAUGUGUCUCAUGUUCACCGAGCCAUGUUCAGCCCUCACCUUCAUCUCAUUCAAAUCACAUUCCCCAGUUGCAAGCUAAGGGCCUCGGCCCUCUCAGUGAACUCGUGGAAGACCCCGAUCCUGAAAAUCCAGAACCCACAACCACACAUGAAUGUCCAUCCCCAGAUACUUCUCAGAGCACUUGUAAAAGCCCUUCAAAAGUGAACAAGCCUGGCUCCCCGGGACCCGGGACCCCCGCGCAGCAGCAGCAGCAGCACGCCAAGCCACUGUCCAAGCCCGAGCCCCCCUGGGAGGCGGCGGAGGCCGAGCUCGGCGCCCCGCUCCGGCCAGAGCCGCCCAAGCCAGCGGCGAGCAGCGCCCCGGGCCCCGCCGCGCCGCCCUACCCCGCGCCGGCCGCGCACCACAGCGCCCUAGGAGCCGGGCCCCAGCACCAGCCGUCUGCCUCAGGGCCACACUGUCCCCUCUCCGUCGCGGGUCCUCAUCUCCAGCCCCAAGGACCAAACAGUAUUCCAACGCCGUCUGCCUCGGGGUUCUGCCCGCACCCCGGCCCAGUGGCCUUGCCGCACGGGGUGCAGGGACCUCAGCAGGCGUCGCCGGUGCCCGGGCAGAUCCCCAUUCACAGAGCACAGUUAACUUUGAGGAAGUGCAGAACAAAAACUGUGCAACCCAGAGAAGGAAAAUCAUUUUCUCAUUCAUGGAAAGAAGACAAGAAAGCUGGUAAAGUUCAUGUAGCCACACAUCAAGCUGCCUAUGGAAUGGAUGUGAUCACUGUCACCUUCGAGCUGUGA